GUGUCAUGGGGUUCUGACAAUUAACAGAAGACCAAGACCAUAUUAGGUUUGAAGCCAAUAUUUUGUGAAUAUAUAUAUUAGGCUGCUACUAACAAGCUUUGGCUCACGGGUAUGCUAGUUGCUAGCUAUGGGGGAAUUCAAGCACUUUGUAAUUGUUAAGUUCAAGGAAGGUGUGGCAGUUGACGACCUCACUAAAGGGAUGGAAAAGUUGGUCUCAGAGAUUCAUGCUGUCAAGUCCUUUGAAUGGGGACAGGACAUUGAAAGCCUAGAUGUGUUGAGACAAGGAUUCACUCAUGCCUUCUUGAUGACAUUCAACAAGAAAGAAGACUUUGUUGCAUUUCAGAGCCACCCAAAUCAUGUCGAGUUCUCGACAAAAUUUUCGGCAGCUAUUGAGAAUAUUGUGCUGCUGGAUUUCCCGUCUACUCUUGUCAAGGCCCCAGCAUGAUCCUAAAGAUAUUCCACCAAUAAAAAUUCCUUCUUUAAAUUUGUUUAGUGUAUGCUUUUGCUUGUGUUUUCUGUCUGUAGUUUUGUUAUGAGUGGUUACUACCACUCUCGUGCAAUUUGAAUUCUUAGUAUGGAUUAUGAGUGUUAUAAUGAUGAACUCUUUUUGCCUUCUAAUUGAUGGAUACUUCUAGGAGUA